CGUCCAGGCCCAGAGGGAGUCAUUUUGUUGGCGUUUGAGUCGGCCAAGAAGUCAACAUGGCCAAAGUCCCCGACCUGUUCGAAGACCUGAGGAACUGCUACAGUGAGAGCGAAGACUACAGUUCGGCCAUCGACCAUCUGUCUCUGCACCAGAAAUCCUUCUACGCGGCGAGCUACGACCCGCUUGGCGAGACCUGCGUGGACAAGCUGAUGUCUCUGGGCACCUCUGAAAGCUCGAAGAACUCCAAGCUGACCUUCAAGCAAAGCCUGGUGCUGGUGUCAGCCAACGGGAAGACGCUGAAGAAGAGACGGCUGAGCUUCAAUCAGCCCAUCUCCGAUGACGACCUGGAGGCCAUUGCCUACAAUGUGGAAGAAACCAUCAAGCCCCGGUCAGCGCCUCACGUCUUCCAGAGCAGUGGGAGUUACACCUACAGGAGGGUCAUCAAAGAGGAGUUCUUCCUGAAUGACACCCUCCACCAGAGUAUAAUCCAAGACCCGACAUCUCAGUACCUCAAGGCUACCUCGUUAAAUGACCGGGACCGUGAAGUGAAAUUCGACAUGAGCGCCUACAUUUCACCAGCAGAGGAUUCCAAAUUUCCAGUGACUCUAAGAAUCUCAAAAACGCGACUCUUCGUGAGCGCCCAAGAAGAAGACAAACCCGUGCUGCUCAGGGAGAUGCCAGAGACGCCAAAAACCAUCAAAGAGGGUGAGAACGACCUCAACCUCAUCUUCUUCUGGGAAAGGCACGGCGACCUGAACUACUUCACCUCGGCUGCCCAGCCUGCGCUGCUUAUUGCCACUAAGGUGGACAGUCCCGUGCACAUGGCAAGGGGACCACCCUCAAUGACAGACUUCCAGAUGUCAUGAAGCCAGCCUCCGCAGUGGGGCGCGCUCCCCUGUGAGCUGCCGACAGUCCGUAUGUACCGUGUACAUGAAGAAGUCGGAUUCUUUACUCUUAGUCAUGUGCUGAGAAUGGGCUGAGCCUUUGUAAUUCUAAAUGAAUGUUUACCCUCUUUGUAAGAGAAGAGCAAACGUAAUGGAAGCAACACUGACACAGAAUGCUAUUUGUUAUUUAGAGAACACCCUAUACUUUGCACAGUACCAAUCAUUUUAAUUACGAUUCUUCAUAUCAUUCUCAGAAGAGCCACAGGGCUACGGACUAUGGCUACCAAAAAAAUUCUACCCAUAUUACAGACAGGUUAACUAAGGCAUAAGAGAACCCAUAAGUACACACGGCAGCACUUGGAAUGAGAAGCCACAGACCCAGGAUUUCAUUUCCUCUCCGGGCCUUCUGCUUCUUAGUUGUGAUUGGACCCUUAAUCCAAUGGGAUACAUUUCUAGGACCUCGGUUUUAUCAUUUUCAAGAGGGAAAGAAUAGACAGGCACAGUGGCCCACCCCUGUGAUCCCAGUCACCCAGGAGACUAAGGCAGGAGGAUCUCUAGACCAAGGGCAGCUUCGGUGACCUUAGCAAGACCCUGUCUCAAAAUAAAUUACAAAAGGGCUGGACAUGUGGUUCAGUGGUAAAGCGACCCUGGGUUCAAUCUCCAGUAUCACAAAAAGAAGAUCAGUUAAUUAAUUAAAAUUAUUUUAAAGGGAGGGAAUAAUACCUUUAUCUUUCUGCCUCAAUGGCUUUUUUAUACCAAUCAGUGAGUGAGGUCAUUUUAGUAAAGUAUCUCUUGAAGCUGAGCCUAAGAAUGACAGACCAUAGAAUGUUAUUUAUAAAGUAUUAUUUAUAUGUGUAUAUGCAUGAGUAUAUUUAUUAACAUAUUUAAGAUAAUUAUAAGUUAUUAUUAUAUUUAUGGCAACUCCUUGCAUCCCCUGAGGGGAACAGGCACCCUCAGGAGCAGCAGAGCUCCCGGGCUGAGUUGGGGCACCCUGGUCCCAGGGGUGCUCUGCAUUCUAGUACCCGGGAGCCCUGUAAUUAUAGUAAUAAAUUUAUAUUAAUUACUCUGUGUGUGAGCUAGUAAUUAGGCCAGUCUUUCACUCCUCUGCCCUUAACCUUGCCUGACUCUGUCUUUCAACCUCACCUGUAAUCAAGUCCAACUAUCUAAAAUGGGAGGAGUUCAACCUGGCGACCCCAAGCCCAUCGUCACCUAGACUUUAUUUUCAGGGCUAUGAUUGAUAUUUCUUCUGGAUUCUAAAAAUGAUCAUCAAAUCAUACUGCUACACUAUUAUCCAUAAGAAUGACUGAUACAGUAUUAUCAAUCAUAAUUCAAUAAAGCAUCAAAUUUGAUCUGACACCUUGUUGUUAUCUUU